AUGACAUCGAGACCUAGACUGCUCGAACGACAUCGAUACCGAGACAGGUCGAACGACAUCAAGACCGAGACGGGUCGAACUACAUCGAGACCGAGACGGCUCGAACAACAUCGAGACCGAGACGUCUCGAAUGACAUUAAUACUGAGACGUCUAGAAUGACAUUAAUACCGAGACAACUCGAACUACAUUAA